UUGAUUCAUUUCAAUUUGUCUGAGGGAUAUCUGUUAUUCGAGAUAUCUGUUCAUAUAAGAGAUAGAUAUGGUGCGACCGGCACAAGUGCGGGCCCUUUCUGGCCUCGCAAGAUCAGCGACUUUUGUCCGAUUACUGCCGUCGCAGAGCCAGAAUGCGUUGAGAUGCGCUUCUUUGCCUGUUUCUAGGCUCGGCGCUCUACCUUUGAGGGCCACUACACAGAUUACAUCGGCUCCAUUGAGGCAAUGGCAUCAGAUUAGGAAUUCUUCGGCGACAGCAACGGCCAGUUUAGCCGAGCAAGCCGCCGCUGAUCCUGAAGGACUCUCACAAGCAGAAAUCAUCUCAAAUAUAGACGCCGAGGAAUGGAAACGUAUAUCCAAGGUCCGAAAUAUUGGUAUAGCUGCACACAUCGACAGCGGUAAAACCACUGCAACUGAACGAGUCCUCUUCUACACCGGUCGUAUCAACGCCAUUCACGAAGUCCGUGGUCGAGACAGCGUCGGCGCAAAGAUGGAUUCUAUGGACUUGGAGCGUGAAAAGGGUAUUACCAUCCAGUCUGCGGCUACUUUCUGUGACUGGGUCAAGAAGGAGAACGGCAAAGAGGAGAAAUACCAUUUCAACUUGAUUGAUACACCCGGACACAUUGACUUUACCAUUGAGGUUGAGAGAGCUCUUCGUGUUCUUGAUGGUGCAGUUAUGAUUCUCUGUGCUGUGUCUGGUGUGCAGUCGCAGACUAUUACCGUCGAUCGACAAAUGAAGCGAUACAAUGUUCCUCGAAUUUCUUUUGUGAAUAAGAUGGACCGUAUGGGCGCAAAUCCUUUCAAGGCUAUUGAUCAGAUAAACAACAAACUGAAAUUACCCGCCGCUGCGGUGCAAGUACCCAUCGGAGCUGAAGAUGAGUUCCAGGGUGUGGUUGAUUUGAUCCGAAUGAAAGCCAUCUAUAACGAGGGCCCGCGAGGAGAAACUAUCGUCGAAAAGGAUGAAAUCCCUGAGCAUAUCAAGCCCCUUGCGGAAGAGAGAAGGAGGAUUCUCAUUGAAACAUUGGCUGAUGUCGACGACGAAAUCGCAGAGAUCUUCUUGGAUGAAAGGGAACCCACCAUUGAACAAAUAAAAGCCGCUAUUCGCCGCGCUACUAUCGCCUUGAAAUUUACACCAGUGUUUAUGGGUUCCGCGUUGGCUGACAAGUCGAUCCAACCUAUGCUAGAUGGUGUUUGCGACUAUCUCCCUAACCCCUCUGAAGUGACCAACUUGGCUCUCGACCAAAAGCGCAAAGAAGCUCAGGUCAAAUUACUUCCAUAUGGAUCACAGCCGUUCGUCGGUCUUGCUUUCAAGCUGGAAGAAAGCAAUUUCGGUCAACUUACUUAUAUCCGUGUCUAUCAGGGUACUCUUCGCAAGGGUGCCAACGUCUUCAAUGCCCGAAAUGAUAAGAAAGUCAAGGUCCCGCGUAUUGUCCGUAUGCACUCCAACGAGAUGGAGGAAGUGCAAGAGAUCGGUGCCGGUGAGAUUUGUGCUGUGUUCGGUGUCGAUUGCGCUUCAGGAGAUACGUUCACGGAUGGCCAACUUGCUUACACUAUGUCGUCCAUGUUCGUACCCGAACCGGUUAUUUCUCUUUCUAUUAAACCCAAGAACAACAAGGAUUCUGCCAACUUCUCGAAAGCCAUGGCUCGAUUCCAGCGUGAGGACCCGACGUUCCGUGUUUCGUACGACACCGAAAGUGAACAGACUAUUAUCUCAGGAAUGGGAGAAUUACAUCUUGAUAUCUACGUCGAACGUAUGCGUCGUGAAUACAAAGUCGACUGCGAAACCGGACAGCCCCAGGUCGCUUACCGAGAAACUAUUGGCCGUCGGGUUGAGUUCGACCACCUGUUGAAGAAGCAGAGUGGAGGUCCUGGUGACUACGCCCGGGUCGUCGGAUGGAUGGAACCUUCCGAAUCCCUCGAAGAGAACAAAUUCGAAGAACAGAUUGUCGGCGGUGCCAUCUCUGAGAAGUUCUUGUUUGCUUGUGAAAAGGGUUUCAACCUUGCCUGCGAAAAGGGUCCCCUUAUCGGACACAAAGUCCUUGGAACGAAAAUGGUCAUCAACGACGGUGCAACCCACAUGACUGAUUCAUCCGAAAUGUCCUUCAAGAAUGCCACUCAACAAGCCUUCCGCAAAGCAUUCAUGGAAAGUCAGCCUCAUGUCCUAGAACCAUUAAUGAAAACUGUCGUUACAGCACCCAUCGAGUUCCAAGGUGACGUUAUCGGCCUCCUGAACAAGCGCAACGCUACCAUCAACGACAGUGAAAUCGGCGUCGAUGAGUUCACGGUUUAUGCGGACUGCAGUUUGAACGGUAUGUUUGGCUUCAGCAGCCAUCUCCGUGCCGCAACGCAGGGUAAAGGUGAAUAUACAAUGGAAUUCAGCCAUUAUGAGAAGGCGCCUGGUCAACUGCAAAAGGAGCUUGUGCAGAAAUACCUCAAGGCGCAAGCAGACCGACACAAGAAGUAAUUUUGACUUUACCCCUAACGACUUCCAGAAUUUGACGACUGUUCGAGCGACCAAAACCCAACAGCAAUAUCUACCUUCGUAUCACUUGUCUUAUAACUACAACCAUUAGAUUUUUAUAUACACCUUCGAACGGCUGCUGGUGGUAUUCAGGGUGCGUUUGGUCUGUCAAUUUCUUUUCUAUUCUCGGAACAUGUAUUGUCUGAAUAAAAUACCUUUGUUAAGAUCGAGUCCUUAUUCUAUUUGCGCUUGGCCUGUUUGUACUAUUUUCAUAUAAUCUCUUCUCUUCGUUGUACGAUAUCGCCUGAGCUAAUGUUCCAAGACUUUUGAAUUGGCAUGGUUUAGGUCGCCGUCAUGAGAAAUGGGCAUGACAAAAAGGAGCGCGGUGCAAUAACGGAUGGAAUUCAAAAUGGAUGGGAAUUAAAUAUUAAUGUCAUUACUGUUAUAG